CACCACCCCCCUCUCUUUUUAGCAGCCACAUACAAGUCGGCCAUAUUAGAGAGAUGGAAAUAAAGCUUCCUUAAUGUUGUACAUGUCUUUGAAGUACAUCCGUGCAUUUUCUUUUUUAGCAUCUAACCAUUCCUCCCUUCUGGUCCUUGGUCCCUCAAUCACCCUCUCCCAUAGCCCACCCGCCUAACAUCACAGUCUCUGAAAAUGCACAGGGAUGCCUGGCUACCUCGCCCUGCCUUCAGUCUCACGGGGCUCAGUCUGUUUUUCACUUUGGGGCAAGGAAGAGGAACGUCAGUGUUGGAGUCCCUGGAGUCACAUGGAGGGAUGGAGCCGGCAGGAAAUGUGGCUGUGGUGGGUCAUCUGGGAGCUGCACCUGGGUGCCAGAACUUGGCCCUAAAAACAGCAGGGAGCCACUGGAGUCUUGGAGUACCCCCAGGGCGGAGCAUGGAAGUCACAGUCCCCACCACUCUCAGUGUCCUCAAUGGGUCUGAUACCCGCCUGCCCUGUACCUUCAACUCCUGCUACACCGUGAACCACAAGCAGUUCUCUCUAAACUGGACUUACCAGGAAUGUAGCAAUUGCUCGGAGGAGAUGUUCCUCCAGUUCCGAAUGAAGAUCAUUAACCUGAAGCUGGAGCGGUUUGGAGACCGUGUGGAGUUCUCGGGGAACCCAAGUAAGUAUGAUGUGUCAGUGACGCUAAAAAAUGUGCAGCUGGAAGAUGAAGGCAUUUACAACUGCUACAUCACCAACCCACCAGACCGCCACCGUGGCCACGGCAAGAUCUACCUGCAGGUCCUUCUGGAAGUGCCCCCAGAGCGGGACUCCACGGUGGCAGUCAUCGUGGGUGCCUCGGUGGGGGGCUUCCUGGCUGUGGUCAUCUUGGUGCUGAUGGUGGUCAAGUGUGUGCGGAGGAAAAAAGAGCAGAAGCUGAACACGGAUGACUUGAAGACGGAGGAGGAGGGCAAGACGGACGGCGAGGGCAACGUAGAUGACAGUGCCAAGUAACCGGCAGCCCGCCCUGGAGCCCCUCCCCAUGUUCUGUCUCCUCUCACUCUCUUCCCUGUACAGUGUGACCCUGCCUGCUCUCUCUCGGUGUGCUUCUCUCUAAUAGGACCCCAGGACUGACCUGGGGCCUCACUUCCCAUCCCCUGCCACCACCACCACCCCCAUACCAAAGGUGACCUCCCUCCCUUCCAUCUGAAAACUGCCUUGGUAUCUGAGAUAUGCCAGCCCUGGGGAGAGCAGAGCAGGGCUCUAGCCUGUCAAUCUUUGAGGAAGAAAGACCCUGUGCGUGAUCCCAAAGACAGGAUGGGGGAGGGAGGGCAGUGGGAGAAGAGGUUGGCUGCCCAUCUUGUCUAGGGUUUGGUCUGGUGGUGGUUUAAACUGUGGGGGUAGCAGUAUGUGUAUGUGUGUAUGGGUGUGGGGGGUGUCCUGUGCUGACCAGAGGCACUAUGGGAAGGACUCAUGGUGGCUUUGCUGUGUUCCUCUGGCUAUUCCCAGCACAGAGCAGCCAUCAGGCUGGGGAUGAAGGUAGGGUCCUACCAUUUGUGGGGACAUUUUUUUUAAAGGAAUGACUGUGCAUUUUGAGAACACUCAAGGAAAGCUGGAGGGAAGACAUUCCUGGACACAAGCCUUGGCCCAGAGAACUCUGUUCUGGCCUCAUUUCUAUCACUGCUCCCAGGGAGGCUCUGGUUCGCCCUUGACUACUGCUCUCUUGGGGAUGCAGGCAGGAGCAGGGCUGAAAAGCAGCAUCAGGCAGGAUCAUACCCCACCCUAGGAACCCCCCAGCAGAAGACCUGUGUCAGAGUCUGCUAGGGGACCGAGGGGUGCUGGCUUCAUUGCAAACACGUUUAGCUGCCUUCUCCAAAAAGAUGAUCACUUUGGUUUCAGCAAGUAGCAGCCAAGGCUCAGAAGUCUGUGUGUGUGUGUGUGUGUGUGUGUGUGUGUGUGUGUGUGUGUGUGUGUGUGACUGCAAACAGGAUUAGCUGCCUUCUCCAAUGAGAUGAUCACUUUGGUCUCAGCAAGUAGCAGCCAAGGCUCAGAACUCUCUCUCUCUCUCUCUCUCUCUCUCUCUCUCUCUCUCUCUCUCUCUCUCUCUCUCUCUCUCUCUCGUGUGUGUGUGUGUGUGUGUGUGUGUGUGUGUGUGUGUGUGUGUGUGUGUGCGCACAGAGGGCAACCUCCUGCAGGGUUUCUUUCAGUUGGGGAUUUCUAGUUGCCCUUGGCAGGAUUUCCUUCUGGCUGCUGGCACGAAGGAAGAGAAGGCUGGAGGGAAAAUGAGAGGACACAGGUAUAGCCUCUGAGUCCUGCCCCAGAACUCCCCUCGUAGGGGACAAAGUCACUCUCGGGAAGCCAACUUUCACUGCCAUUUUCCUAUCAUUCUAAGAAACUUGUUCAAGUCUAGAGCCGGGGAGAAAGGCGGGGUAGAAACUGCUAAUCAAAGAGCAUGGUGUUGGGAGAUGCUCAGAGGAGAACUAGCCCAGAGCCCCCUGCAGAUGGGGAGACUGGAGUGACCGACAGGAGCUGAAGGUCUCGCCCAGUUCUGGCUCCUUGGUCCCCAGUUAGAAUAAAUAGAGCUUCCUGGUGGGAGACCCUCAAGUCUAGAAGGUAUUUGUGUGUGGUGGUGGUGGGGUUCACCUAGCCCUGCUCCCCUCCCAAGAACUCAGCCCCUAUAAGCUCAGGGAGUUAGCUGUCCAGGGUAGGGAAGAGGGUGGUGGAGACAGGACCAUGACAGUCUCAGGGACCAAUCCUUGCCUCUGCUUAACUCGAAGAGACAAUGAUGGCAGAUGAGAGGUUCAGCUUAAUUCACUUCAAGUCAACAACCAUUUACUGAGCGUCUGCUCUCUGCCGGGCACUCUGCUGGGUGCCAGGGGCGCAUCUAAAGCCAUAACAGAGUCAGGGACCGCCGGCCAGAUCUGCACUGUAGGACCAAGAUUCACUUUUUGGUGCAUCCACUUCCACCUCUGCAGCCGCUGCUUCCACAAGAGAGUCAGGGGAGAAGGAAGAGGCUCUUGAGUCUGGGGCUCGGGAAAGUAAGAGUGCAAGGGAAGAGGUAGGGACCACUGGGAGGGGUCAAGUAGGUUGAGCAUGGAGUAGGGGAUGGGUAGCCAGCCAGAGAACUCUCGGCAAGGUGAAUCUAACCCUUCUGGAAGUUCUGAACUCUUUGGCUCAGUACCUAACUGCCAAUCAACACACUGCCAAUGGGAGCGGGCUAAGCCACCAGGAUGCCUGGAGCAGGUGGACACUGCCUAUCCUUCAAGCCGGUCUCCUAGGAGUGGAGAGAUGAGUGGUGGGCGCCUCGAACCAGUGGAAACCAAAGGCGGCGAUCCAUACUUCUGCGGCCUGGAGUAGUUAGUUCUCGACAUCUUGCACGCACCCUCUUCUCUCAGGGUGCACGGACAUGGGACUUGGCUCACACUAGGUCUCGUAGCAUUUGGGUGGGUUACUCGUGAGACUCCCCAAGGGUCUAAGAAGGUCUAAGAAGGUCUGUCUCUUUAAGAAGCUGGAGUCUCUUGGGGGUCUUUUUCUUUUCUGCCCUGACAGAGUGGGGUCCAGGAAAGCAAUGCCCAUCUCUGGACCCCACAGGCUGGGUCAGGGGCCAUUUCUGCCCCAGGUGCUUGCCCUCAUGCUCACUUUCUUCUGGAGCUGCUCCGGACCCUCCUCCAUGACCUCUGGGCUGUGAGGUUAGGAACCAAACCAGGCUCCUGUGAGGUGAGGUGGGAAACUGUGAGAUGUUUCUACAGGAGCCAUUGCUCAGCCUUGCUUCCUGGCUUAUGCCAGCAAACUGCUCUCUUGCUGCAGUGUGGGCUUUGGGCCCCACUUAUGGCUGCAUGCUCUUCCCAUCACUGUGCUCCCAACCACUCCUGCCCUCCCAGAACCCCCCCCCCCCCCCCACCACCACCACAUAUCCCAUCUGCCUCUUCUUCCUAAUAAAGGGCCACUGCAAAGAAAGAUGGGCUGGCUAACCCAUGGGAUUUAGUUUAUGAGAACAAAGCACAAUUUUUCAGGACUGGAAAUGCCUUGAGGUGCCUUGGAACUGGCUUUGGAAAUAGCUCUCUGCCCUUCCGGCAAUGAACUCGUCAGUUAUUUCCAGUUCAUAAAAAAGCUGAUUGGGUCCAUGUUUGCCUGGGAAUCUCCUUGGGAAAGUUGGGCUACUAAAUAUUUACAGGAUCAGGUUAAGGCGGCAGACAGGUGGAACUACUGGCCAGGUCCAAAGAAGUUAGUCCCAGGUCAUAGGAAUGGCUUGGUGCAGUUAGAACGGGUUUCUUCCUUCAUAUGUCUUAAGGAUAGACGGCCUUGCUGUGCCUCUUGCUAAUGUCUUCCUUUACCGAAGCUUGCUGAUGCGAUUGUACAUAGCCUUUCUAUAGAGGUAUAGAUAUAUUAUAUAUGCAUAUAUAAAACAUCUCACUAUGCCCACCCUAAAAGUUACAUUGUUGGGGGAGGAUAUAAUCAUGUCUCAGUGUUUCCGGGUAGAUUCACCAAAGGUUCAUUAUGGAACUUUCUUUAUGCUUUUUUGGGAGAACCCACCUGCAUACCAAGCAUUUAUGCAUGUCUAGGUUCUCCCUGCUGUUUGGAGGUUGGAAGGGGUGGUUGGGAGGGGAGAGAAGCUUUACACAAAUGGUCUUCUGAGACCUGACUGCUGGGAGCAGGCUGGGUUUCUUAGCAGUUUGUCUGGUUGCUUGGAUCUGCUGGCUGCAAUAAACACACUGUCUCCCCUGAA